UCAUCGAUUAGCUUUGGCAAAUUUGCCAAAAUUUCGACGAUCGCCCGAAAAAUCCAAGAAUGUCAAAAUUCAUCAAUAAUGUAAUUUUUUAUCGUUAUAACAACGAUGAUGCAAUUCUAUAAAUAAAAUAAAAAUGAGGAGCUUAUGAAAGAGAGUGAUAAAAGAUAUAUCCCAUUCACUCUCUUUCCCACAGUUUUAAGUUAAUUCUCGUUCAUUGACGAUUCUGUCGACGAUGAUGAAAACGAGGGAUCUCUUCUCUUUUUACAGAUUAAACGAAAAUGGCGGUGUUCGGCUUGGUCUCGGCGGUCGCCGGGUUCGUCAAGGUGCGAUAUCUGAUCGACAAGGCCAUUAUCGACAACAUGGUCUUCAGAAUGCAUUACAGGAUCACGUCGGCCAUUCUAUUUCUUUGCUGCAUCAUCGUUACUGCCAAUAACUUGAUAGGCGAUCCCAUCAACUGCCUGACGGACAAUAACCAUGGCCAUGUGAUCAACACGUAUUGCUGGAUCACGUACACGUUCACGCUGCCGGCGAACAACGCGAAGCCCGUGGGUACCCACGUGGCCCAUCCGGGUCUGGGUGUUAAUGACGGGGAGAAGAGGUACCACGCGUACUACCAGUGGGUGCCGUUCAUGCUGUUCCUACAGGGCGUGCUCUUCUACAUACCGCAUUGGAUGUGGAAACAGUGGGAGGAGGGUAAAAUCAGGAUGAUAUCCGAGGGCAUGAGGGGCGCCAUGAUCGAGACCAAACAGGAGCGACAGGCUAAAACUGAAAGAGUCGUCCAAUAUCUUCAGGAGACCAUGCACCUGCACAACAGCUACGCCGCCGGAUAUUUCUUUUGCGAGGUCCUCAACUUUGUCAACACUGUCGGCAACAUAUUCUUCGUGGACACCUUUCUGGGCGGCGCUUUCCUCACGUACGGCACGGACGUGCUGAAGUUCAGCAACAUGAAUCAAGACGACCGUACCGACCCGAUGAUCGCGGUGUUCCCGCGCGUAACCAAGUGUACCUUCCACAAAUUUGGUGGCUCCGGUACAAUCCAGACGAUCGACGCGCUGUGCAUACUCGCGCUCAAUAUCCUCAACGAGAAGAUUUACAUCUUCCUGUGGUUCUGGUUCAUCAUACUGGCGGUCUUCUCCGGCCUGGCGGUGCUGUACAGCAUGGCCAUAGUGCUGAUGCCCAGCACGCGCGAAACGAUUCUCAAGAAGCGCUUCAAGUUUGGCACAUCAGCCACGGUCAGCACGCUCAUUCGAAAGACGCAGGUUGGCGACUUCCUGAUGCUCCAUCUGCUGGGUCAAAAUCUGAAUCUCCUGACGUUCAACGAGGUGCUGGACGAGCUGUGCCGCCGCAUACAGUUCGGCAGCGGCAGCGACGCGUCGCCGACGUCGGUGCCGUCGGCGCCCAGCACCCUCGAGAUGCACCCGAUAUACCCGGAGAUCGAGAAAUACGCCAAGGACACCGAGAUCUAAAGGACGAAUCGAGAGACGAAAUAUCGGCGACUGCUCUCCCUCGUCUGUCGUCCGCUCUUCCUUCCCUCCACUGCCCGCCCCGCCCCCCUCUUCUCCGCCUUUUUUACUUGUAAUGUGUAUUGUGAUAAAUAUCGAGGGCGGUUCUGCAAUGCCGUCGUCUCGGUGCCAAUAAAGAGACAGGUUCGUGCCGCGCGCCGUCGGUCGACCUGCGCCUUGUCGCGCGCGUUUGUAAUACGCGUACCGGACGUCUCCCCGAUAUCUCGUAUUCAACGCGGUCUUGUUUGUGAUGACACUCGUGAAAAAACGUGGAGCCGGCGUUAAAAAGUCUUUGACUUGUCUCUCCCGUCGACGAGAGUUGUGCUCGUUAUAAUAAAUGAAACGCGAGGCGGACGUUUAUGUCCAACGGGACUCCUCCGAUCAGAGAUUUCCGAGAGAAGCACCACCGUGUGCUGUCUUUGCGAGACGCCGAUAUUUAUUUUCUAAUUUGUAUACCUUUCACUCGACAAACACACUAUGCGAGUCAUCUCCUACUGCAGCUUCAUUCGAGAGUUUCAUUUUAUACUCGCUCGUGUAUAAAAUAAUACAAUAAAUUGAUACGUGAACGAGGCGAAUCCUCACCUCGUCAGUUUCUUCGUUCUGGGAACUUUUGUCGUUACGAGAUGUUCAUUUAACAUUAAACAACUCCUAACGUUCGAGCUUGAAUUGGAGAAAUGACAGUCUUCGUCACCUCUGUAUUCGUCCGACGGUUGUUACACGAUUUUCAUGUGCCGUAAAAACGAGAUUGGAACGCGCAAAAUCGUGCGAUGGCCUUUUGCCCUUUUUUGUUAUUUGCACUCCCCAACGAGAUUUCUAUUGUAUUGCUUAUUUUUUUUCCUACAAGUAUUCUCGCUUGAGCAGAAUUACAUAACGAUUGCAUUGUGUUUCGACAUUCGUCACUUAGACUUGCCCACCAGAAAGAAAGAGAAAAGCACUGACACGUUUUGUAUCGCACCGACCGACCGCAGCGGCACGAACCGACGUUAGAUUAUCAAAUAUAUAAAUGUAGACAACAACGCGCGAUGCUCGCGGAUCAUAUAAGACGUAUGCACGUGUUAAUUGCUUAGUCGCAAGUUUCGAAAUGUGAUAAGAGUCACAUUCCCGCUAUAUGUAGGAAUUCAUUUCGAUUUAAACUAAUUCUUAAUCAAUUUGUUGUUCCACGUGUCGACGCAUCAAUGUCGAUUUACUUCGCGAUAACAUGAGGAAGUUAACACGGCCACACGCGUGAGAUGCGCGAAUUGACAUAAGUGUUCCUUGCCUCCCAUUCACGUUGACGUCAACCGAACCGUCAACGUUCCCUUAUUACAUUAGCAGAGGAAAAAGCAGGUGGAUAUGCUGCACCGUUAAAUUUACAGCGUCACAAAAUUACACCCAAUUUGAAUUAUUUUUCAAUCAAUUAUUCUAAUUAUAGAAAUACAAGGUAAUUUCGCCACCGCCCCUCUCACUCAAUAUGUCGAUUAAUUUAACUUAAAACGAAUUGGAGUUAAACGAUUUAACUGAAGAAAUAUAUUAAAUUGAUUCAAAUUUAGUUUAUAUUUAUUACAUGCAUAAUUAAUGUGAAGCAAUUGAACCGUAAAAAAUGGAUCGAUUAGACAUGGCUGUUUUUUUUUUUUUUACCACAAUAAUGUUUUGCGUCACAAUAAUACACUUUGACGCAACACGUGGAAAUUGAGAGUAGCGAAAUGUUAUUUAACUCGAGGAAUUGGAUUGUGUAGCUGCUCCAUAUUUAACAGCGUGCGGCAAAUAUACUUUUGAUACUUGCUUUUGCGACGCGUAAUACAAAUACUCUGUAAAUCGCUUACAUUAGUUAGGAAAGACGCGGCAAUAUUUUACUGAUAAUAACCGUAAUAGAGGAACAUUCUUCAUUUUAUUAAUUGACGAUUUUGUCGAGUGACGUGAGAAAUGUGCAUUCGUGUCUUUGUACAUCGAGCUCGUUGCAAUCGCGCGGAAAGAAAUUCAGGAAAAAAGACAGACGGAAUAAUGCUGCUCAACACACAACGAAUUCUCCGAUCUUCCUUUAAAAUAAUUGUAUGUAUAUAAUAUUAAGUAUAUCCGAGGGUGUUUCGUGCAAAAAGGCGAAUUUUAUUUUUCAAGCUUAAUUCGUAUUUCGAGCGAACGCACGCGAGAUCCAUCGGAUCGCGGAAUAUACUGUGCACCAUCGCGUGAUUCUCAAACAACGAAGAUGCGUGAAAGAUAAUCGCGAAUUACUUUACCACCGUGAAAGGUCUAAAGUAAUUACACGUCCUACCUAUAGUGGUUUAAUAAAGAAUAAAAAUAGCGUGACCGAUAUUUCAAGCGAAAGGAACAAAAAAAGGAGUGGGAAACAAAUA